CCGUCACUUUUCCAUCACAACGCUCACGGAUUAAAGAUGGCGCCCUCUCAUGCGCUGCGGUGCUGUAAACGGGCUCUCAACUGGAUACCGGUGCUGUUCAUCAACCUGGUUGUCGGCUGGUCUUAUUACGCCUAUGUCGUGGAGCUGUGUGUGUGUGAGUACACCGACUUUAUGGGACGUGUUGACCGCUCGCAGUGGCGGACUUCCUGCUCGUGCUCACAGUUUCGGGAUACAAUCCCAAAUAACGCAGAACGAAUCAGCUACUUGGUCGUCUUUCACGUCUUCUUCACCAUGUUUGUAUGGGCCUACUGGAAAACCAUCUGCUCUACACCGGCCAGCCCAUCAAAAGCGUUUGGUCUGCCCAGAGCAGAGAAGGAGCUGUAUGAGCGAGAGGAGCAAGCCGAGAGGCAGCAAGAGAUUCUGAAGAAAGUGGCGAGGAAUCUGCCCGUGUAUACGCGCACGGCGGGUGGAGGAUUAAUUGGACUCAUGUGCACCUUCUUAUCUCUGUGGGAAACACCUGGCGCACAAUCAAACUUAACUUGGUUUCACAGGGACGUUGCCAUUCGAUACUGUGACAUCUGCCAGGUUGUCAAACCUGACCGCUGCCAUCACUGUUCCACCUGUGAAAUGUGUGUGCUAAAAAUGGACCAUCACUGCCCCUGGGUGAAUAACUGUGUCGGAUUCUCAAAUUACAAGUUCUUUGUCUUGUUCUUGGCCUACGCCUCACUCUACUGUGUGGUAAUAUGUGCUACAGUCAUCCAGUAUUUCAUCAAAUUCUGGACUAAACAGCUGCCUGACACGCAUGCCAAAUUCCAUAUCUUGUUUCUAUUUUUCGUGGCGGCCAUGUUCUUUAUCAGCAUCUUGUCACUGCUCAGCUACCAUCUGUGGCUUGUGGGAAAGAACAGGACCACUAUAGAGGCUUUCAGAGCUCCUGUCUUCGCCAAUGGUCCUGACAAAAGUGGGUUUUCACUCGGUUUUGGCAGAAACGUAGCGGAGGUGUUUGGAGAUGAAGCAAAGUACUGGAUGUUUCCUGUUGUCUCAAAUCUGGGAGAUGGACAUUCCUUUGUUACCAGAUUGGUACACAUAGAUCGUGAACAAGCAAACUGUGUCCUCCAGCAAAAUGGAAAAAGCCAUGCUGAUGGGGUGGGGACCAGCCCGUGUGUGCUUAGUAACAAUAUACAACACACAGUGGACGACAGCAAAGAGACAAUCGACGGAGGUCAGAGAGUCUCUGUGACAGUGGAGAUUGAACCAUAGCAGCUACUGUACGUGGACAUUACAUAAAAUAGGGUCAAGAGUUCCACUGGUUUCUCGCCCUUGUGUGUUUAUUUUUACUUUGGUGGCUGUUUGCUGCAGGUCGCAGAUCAUCAGAGAGCUAAUCAACUGUGACGCCUUAAAUUAGGAGCAUCAGUGCCUCCACAGGAGCCGUCCUCCAACCCUCAUUGUGAGUUUGACAGUGCAGCCUCAAGCCACAUGGUUUAAUGUGUACAUUAAAUGGAUCAUCUUUCCUCAUCGUGCUUUAAAAAAGGACUGUUAUCAUGUCGGCUGAGACUGUUCAGGAACCUCAUGGACCCCACCAGGUCAUUCAGAGGAGAUUCAGAAGUUUUGUCUUUGUUUUGAGCCAAAGACAAAAAAUGUUUUAAUGAUUGCAACAGUAAAACUCUGGGACUGUCUGUUCCCCCCUGAGCCACUGUACAGUAUGUCCACAUGGUCUGCAUUUAUCUACAUGGAUUAAUCACAUUAUAUAUUUCAACAAGAGAAUUAUCCUGUUGUCAGUAUUAAUCAAACAUAAAUGACUAAGCCUUGAAUCUGGUUAUGUUUGAUGUGCAGUAGUGGGAACAACUAAAGCGAUAAAACUCACUCAAAGUGGUGAGACGCUGUCGAUAUUGUGUGUGUGUAUGUGUGCGUGUGAUGUCUCAUCAGUUUUUAACUAAAUGCACAGUGCAAUUAUUUACAACCAGCAGUCAAUUAUCAAGGGUCUUGCUUAGUUAACAACAUACAUGAUUGAAAGAUUUAAAGGUCUUUUUGUUUACACUUUUAUAUAAUAUUUUGCAUUUCAAAUGUUAUACGAUGGGCAAAUAUAUAAGUGAUAUAAACUUGAAAUUUGAGGACCAAAAUCCAGUUUAGCUGUAGUUUGAACAGCUUCUCGUUCCAAAUAAUGAAGACACGUAACCAAUAGAUCGGCCACUGUAUAACACAGUCCCAUAGUUAUCAAUGACAUUGCCAUUUUUCAUUGCACUAUAAAUAUUUGUGAUUUAUUUGUUAUUACCUUUUAUAAAUACAUUGUAUUUC